UUUUUCAAGAAAUUUCCGGCAUUGACCAAGGUAUUUGGCGGCGUUGACCAACAUUGACCGGCGUUGACCAACAUUGAGCAGCGUUGACCAAUCAAGAAGAAUUUCCUCCGGCGUAAUGGCAAACAAUGUUCCAUAUUCGAGCAAUGAUGGGGACGGGGUUAAUUAUCACGGUAGAUUUCAGAUAACUGAUGCAUUCUCAACGGUUAAUGAUGCGGUUAACCAUCUUAAUGAAAUUGCAAUUUCCAUAGGGUUCGAAUUGGUUAUUGAUUCGUAUAAGCAGAAUCCGACUGGUCCACUGCGUUGCUAUUUGAAAUGUUUUAGGGGGUCGAGAUACUCGGGAAAUAAGGUAGAUCCGAAUAUUAUGGUGCGACCUAAUACAUCGACAAAGUUUUGUGGAUGUAAUUUUAUGAUUAGGUUGGUUUUGGGGGACAAAUGGCAUGUGUCUAUUCCGAAUAGUGAUUAUGCUUUCCACAACCACGCAUUCAUAGUAUAUGCGGAGGGUCACAGACGGACUAGUGGGCUCAAUGAUGAUGCUAGGCGGAUGGUUAGACAGAUGACUGAUGCCGAGACCGCACCCAGAAACAUUCAAGCUGCUGUAAAUGAGGCAUUCCCCCAUCUUCACCAAACGAUAAAGCAUAUAUACAACGAGAGGUAUUUUUACAAGAUGGAAGGGCGUGAAGAACGGACUUCAGCUGAAAAUUUUCUGUACCUUGCUCGUUCGAAAAACUAUGUGUAUUGGUCAUUACGGGAUGAUGAUGGAGUGAUCACUCAUGCAUUCAUGUCUCAUCCUGGUGGUACGAACGCAUUUCGUACCUAUCCAUGGGUAGUUGGCAUCGAUUCAACAUAUAAAACGAAUCGCUAUGGUAUGCCUUGCAUUGAGAUGAUAGGGGUGGCACCGACAAAUAUGAACUUCCUUAUCGCCUAUGCCAUAGUGAGGGAUGAGAGUGCAUACAGUUACCAGUGGGUGUUGCAGUGUCUGCGUAUUCUAAUUGGCGAUGAUGUGAGCCCGAGUGUCAUAUUUACAGAUCGAGAAUUGGGUUUUGAUUAG